AAUGUAUUUAUAUUUCUCCAAUACACCCUAAGAUUUUUCGGGUUUGGUUUAAUUUUAUGCAAGACUAAAUCAAUGUAUUUUAGGGUUUAAAUGGCCUAUUUUCACAGAGAAAGGAAGGCGCUCUGAACAUUAGAAGGAAGGCAAAGCCCUUCGGGGAGGAGAGACUCGGCCUCGGGACGCAACCCCCGCCGGCGACACCCUUACUAGGCAAAGUCCUCGCGUUCUCAACUGCCGCCGGGUAACCACUUCCUCAACCCUCAUUGCUAAGGAGCUCGACACCCCCCAACUCGGCCCUGCCGUAAACCUGCGCGCUCUUGCGACAUUGCCGCGCCUGCCGCUGCGUGCGCGCCCUCUGCCCCCACUCUCCGCCCUGACCGCCAUUGCCUCGUGCCCGCGCCGGUCGGUUGGUGGCGCCUUUGUCCUACGGCGGGCAGGUGGGCUGAGGCGGAGGCGGCGGCGGCGGCGGGCCUGAGGCGAAGGAGCGGCCGGGAGCCCGCCGCGCUGGUAGCGAUUCUGUCCACUGGAAUACAGUGCAAGGCACACUGAAAGGAGGCCCUGCUUCAUGGAAUAUUGGAACUUUUGAGACAAUGGAGUCCAGCUUUUACUUUUUAACAUAAAAUAUAUUAAUAAGGCAGCGGAAAGAAGAAAUAUGAAUACGGCUCCAUCAAGACCCAGCCCCACACGAAGAGAUCCAUUUGCCUUUAGAGACAGUCGAGAAACAAGACGUGAUCGAUCCCCAAUUCGAGGAAGUCCAAGGAGAGAGCCCAGGGAUGGCAGAAAUGGCCGGGAUGCCCGGGAUAGCAGAGACAUGCGAGACCCCCGAGACCUGCGGGACCACAGAGACAGCAGAGAUGUCCGUGACCACAGAGACAGAAGUCUGCGUGAUGCUCGGGACAUGAGGGACCUUAGAGACUUUCGUGAUCUAAGAGACACUAGGGAUUUUCGAGAUCACCGGGACCCCAUGUACGACAGAUACCGAGAGAUGCGCGACUCUCGCGACCCCAUGUACAGGAGAGAAAGCUCUUAUGAUCGAUACCUGCGAAUGGAUGACUAUUGCAGGAGAAAGGAUGAGCCUUACUUUGAUCGUUACAGAGAUAGCUUUGAUGGACGAGGCCCUCCAGGCCCAGAAAGUCAGUCUCGUGCAAAAGAGCGUUUGAAACGUGAAGAACGGCGUAGAGAAGAGCUUUAUCGUCAAUAUUUUGAAGAAAUCCAGAGACGCUUCGAUGCUGAGAGGCCCGUUGAUUGUUCUGUGAUUGUGGUCAACAAGCAGACUAAAGAUUAUGCUGAAUCUGUGGGGCGGAAGGUGCGAGACCUAGGCAUGGUAGUGGACUUGAUCUUCCUCAACACAGAGGUUUCACUGUCACAAGCCUUGGAGGAUGUUAGCAGGGGAGGGUCUCCUUUUGCUAUUGUCAUCACCCAGCAACACCAGAUUCACCGUUCCUGUACAGUCAACAUCAUGUUUGGAACCCCACAAGAGCACCGCAACAUGCCCCAGGCAGACGCCAUGGUGCUGGUGGCCAGAAAUUAUGAGCGCUACAAGAAUGAAUGCCGGGAGAAGGAACGUGAGGAGAUUGCCAGACAGGCAGCCAAGAUGGCCAAUGAAGCCAUUCUCCAGGAAAGAGAGCGAGGCGGCCACCCUGCAGCCAUCCAAAGCCUCAUCAACCUGCUGGCCGACAACAGGUACCUCACGGCCGAAGAGACUGACAAGAUCAUCAACUACCUGCGCGAGAGGAAGGAGCGGCUUAUGAGGAGUAGCACCGACUCUCUGCCUGGCCCGAUUUCCCGCCAAUCACUCGGGGCGACCUCGGGUGCCUCGCUGAAGACACAGCCAAGCUCCCAACCGCUCCAGAGCGGCCAAGUGCUCCCCUCUGCUACACCCACUCCAGCUGCACCCCCCACCUCCCAGCAAGAGCUUCAGGCCAAAAUCCUCAGCCUCUUCAACAGUGGCACGGUUGCGGCCAAUAGCAGCUCUGCAUCCCCUUCGGUUGCUGCCGGAAACACCCAGAACCAGAAUUUUUCCACAGCAGCAAACAGCCAGCCUCAGCAAAGAUCACAGGCCUCUGGCAAUCAGCCUCCAAACAUUUUGGGACAGGCAGGAUCUGCUCAGAACAUGGGCCCCAGGCCUGGGUCUCCUUCCCAAGGGCUCUUUGGCCAGCCUUCCAGUCGCCUGGCACCUGCCAGCAACAUAGCCAGCCAGAGGCCUGUGUCUUCCACGGGUAUCAACUUUGACAAUCCAAGUGUACAGAAGGCUCUGGACACCCUGAUCCAGAGUGGCCCUGCUCUCUCCCACCUGGUUAGCCAAACCACAGCACAGGUGGGGCAGCCCCAGGCGCCCAUGGCAUCUUAUCAGAGGCAUUACUGAGGCUCGGUCGCUCAGCUACCCCAGCCCCCUCGCCCCUGGCCACCUCCCACCUGUUGCAUUCUAACUAGAGUUAUUUGGAGGAUGUUCUCUGCGCCUACCCAGGUCCACAUCAAGUGUCAGAAGUUUCUACCACCUGCUCUCUUCUGCCCAAGGCGUGUUGCUUAUUCCUUCCAGAGUCAAGAGUUUAUACUGCAUUUGGGGGUGUGUCUUUUUUUGUUUUUGGGUUUUUUUUUGUAGAAAAUAAAUAUCUUUGGGGUCACUUGGGUGGCAG